AUAUAUAUAUAUAACCAACCGGCCAUUCCAAACACACAGAAAUUAAAAGAUAAAAAAAGAGGCCAUCGAUCAAUUUGAAGCUAUGGUUCCCUUUCAAUCCCACCCCUCUUCUCUAAAUGACAAGAUCACAUCAGCAAUUCAAGAGCCUGCAGAUAAUUUAGCAAAGAAGAGGAAGUGGGAAGAGUCGAUGAUCCCAACGCCACCCUUGAACUCCGUAUUAGAUAUCGAGCUUCACCUCGAAACUCCAUUACCUUUCUAUUGGCAAAGGUGUCUCGACAUCCAGUCGGGCAAGAUACACUUUUACAACAUGACGACUCAAAAGAGAACAUGGAAAGAUCCAAGGGACAAACUCGAGAAAGAUGAUGACGACGACGAUGAAGAAGAUGACAACCGCUAUGACAAGAACGACAUGAGUUUGGACCUUGAACUCAACUUGACUUGUGAAUCCAUGGAGAAGAACAACAAUCAUCAAACCGUACAAGGUGUGCGUCGUGCUAUAAAUGACGGAAUGAUGUUUGGGUUAUCGGAAAAUUACAACCACAACAACAACAAAAAGGCGGAGAUGGUGGCGGCCGUUUGCAUGAGGUGCCAUUUGUUAGUGAUGUUGUGUAAAUCUUCGCCGGAGUGUCCUAACUGUAAAUUUAUGAACUCGCCGCCGGAGCAGACCUCCCCGGCGAUGUCCAAGCGCCGGUGUCAUCUUUCUUGGUAAUUAAAGUGAUAAUUAUAUAUUUAUAUAAUAUAAAGUUAGGAGAAAAAUGAAAAACUCUUUAAUAAUUAAUUAUAAUUAUUCUCUUUAAUUAA